GACGCGGGCUUUUCACUGCGUGCAAUACAUGUUGAGAGUGGAAGCUAACAUACAGCGCAACGUUCUACUUCUGGGACAUCAUCCAACAAUUCGCAGCGCAACGGUGGCAGUCCUGUGUGCGCUGGCCCACCCAGCAAGCGAAAUCCCCCGAUUAUACUCAUGCCGUUUUGCCUGUUAUGCUCCACCGGCGGGCGGACCACGACAAGCCAGACGACAGAAAAAACAAGGCAAGCUUAUUCUGGCACACGGUAUGAUUGCUCACCUUCAUCACGCCGCCACGCCACAGACAACCCCUCUCUACGGUUUGCUCAAAGAACCAAAGCUCGCCCCAUCAGUCCCACCUCUCUGCGUACCCGCGCAUCUCCCCCCUUCGUACCCCGCUACUCUCCCAUCUUGACGCCGAAACCCCGCUCCAGCGUCGCGCACUGGCGAUCCGCCCCGUCAUUAAACAGCACCUUCACCCUCGCCGGCUCGCACACCCGCCUCAGAACCCCCACCGCGCCCUCAAACAACUCGGGAUCCUUCCACAUGCGCAGGCCCUGGCCGAUCAUCACGGCGUCCCACCCCUCCGCCCCUUCGGCGCUUGGACCGUCAACGAGGGUUUUCUCGAGCGCAGCAAAGGCGGUCGAGGGCGAGCGCCAGUCGAGGUAGUGGCUUGUGAUGAAGAAACCGCUGCGGGCGGCGCGGGCGAUGUCGAUGGCGAUUUUCUCGGCGAUGGAGGCGAGGACGUGCGGGGGGACGGAGGCGCCGGGGGGUGGGGAGAGGGGGUCCAGCCCGAGGAGCAGGACGUGUGGCAU